UUUCAUGAUUUUCAUCAAUAGAAAAGUAUCUGAUAUACAUCUAUGAUUGUAUAAGCCAAUGGCUAUCACAUAUUUGUAAUUUAUCACGCAUUUGUUAUUAUUUACCCGAGUCUAUAAGAGUUGGCACUCGUGUUGCAUACUGGGUAAAAUAGGCUGAAGGGACGAGGUAUGUCAACCAGGAAGAAAAUGGCCAUGCCAAAUAAAUCUAGAAAUAUGCAGUCUAAAAACUUCUUUGAACGUAUUCAUGAUGUUUUAGUGGAAGCCGUUGCUCCUCCGAAACUAGUCAUUGACAGAAAGACGAUAGAAAAAUCCUGGAAACUCAUGGACAAAGUUGUGAAGUUAUGUCAACAUCCAAAAAUGAACUUGAAAAACAGCCCUCCUUUUAUUUUGGAUAUUUUACCAGACACCUACCAGCAUCUUCGACUAAUUUACCAGAAAUAUGAUGACAGACUUCACAUAUUGAAUGAUUGCGAGUACUUCAGGAUCUUUGUCGAAAACAUAAUGAACAAAUGUAAAAAGACAAUAAAGUUAUUCAAAGAUGGCAAAGAAAAAAUGUUUGAAGAUUCGUCACAUUAUCGGAGGAACCUUAUUAAAUUGUCGUUAGUGUUUUCGCAUAUGUUUGCUGAACUGAAAGCGAUAUUUCCUAAUGGAACUUACACUGGAGAAUCAUUCCGCAUCACUAAAAGUGACGCUGCUGAUUGGUGGAAGAAAAUGUUCAAUGAUCGGACCAUAGUUCAGUGGAAACUAUUCCGCCAGACGUUACAUGAGACCCACAUAAUAAGUUCUCCGCUAGAGGCCAUGGCGUUAAAGUCAACCAUAGACCUGACGUGCAACGAUUAUAUAUCCUGCUUCGAGUUUGAUGUCUUUACAAGAUUGUUUCAACCAUGGCCCAACCUGUUGCGGAACUGGAAUGUAUUAGCAGUGACGCACCCUGGCUAUGUGGCAUUCUUGACUUAUGAUGAAGUGAAAGCGAGACUCUCAAAAUAUAUAACCAAACCUGGGAGCUAUGUGUUUCGGUUGAGCUGUACUAGGCUGGGUCAAUGGGCUAUAGGUUACGUGACCAGUGAUGGACAGAUCCUACAAACAAUACCCCAGAACAAAUCACUCUGUCAGGCUCUGUUAGAUGGCCACAGGGAGGGAUUCUACAUGUAUCCAGAUGGACGUAGUAUAAACCCAGACCUCAACUUCCUUGCAACGGACCUAUCAGAGGACCAUAUACAGGUGUCGCAAGAACAGUAUGAGUUGUAUUGUGAGAUGGGCUCCACGUUCCAGUUAUGUAAAAUAUGUGCAGAAAAUGAUAAAGACAUCAGAAUAGAGCCAUGCAGCCAUCUUUUGUGUACCCCUUGUCUCACAGCUUGGCAGGACUCUGAUGGUCAAGGAUGUCCCUUCUGUCGGGCAGAAAUCAAAGGCACCGAACAAGUUGUCGUUGAUCCUUUUGACCCACGAAAAACGUUAUCCAAAAAGAAUUGCUCAACCACAAAGUCUGGCAGUGCACAAAGUCUCGAUAUAGAUGAAGAAGAUGCAUUUGAGGACCCCAGCCAGUGGUUGAUGGUGAGCACAAGUAAUACAAGUACACUGCAGUCCCUUGCCCUGGCACCUCGGCAGGAACAGGUAAAGACUCCAUUUGGUUCUCCACAGAUGACACGGCGAGAUCAGCCGCCCCCUGUGCCUCCAAGACGUCUCAACUCACCUGCACCCUCACCAUUGAAUUCCCCUACAACCUCGCCACGUCCUCCUCGUCGACAACUGCCCCCACCCCCCUCCAAUGAUGAAGAACCACCCCCAGAUUACAAUGCACCAGGGGUUCCUAACAGGCUAAAUGGGGCCACUGUAGGAGAGGUGUAUGAUGUUCUACCAGGACGCAACAAUGUAGCAGCGAGGGGCUCCCCUGGUGCCUCUCCCACAGAAAGCUCACCCACAAGGGCCUCACCUUUGGGAGCCUCACCUGAAGGAAGACCAAGAGAAGAUGGACCAACCUACCACAACACAAACCUUCAAUCUUCAUUACCAACUGGGGAUUCUAGUGAACUACAUCGGACCCCUAGUGAGUAUGACUUGCCUCCGCCUGUACCAGAAGAGAGACCACCCCAUACUCUUAAGCAUAGUAAAACCAGCAUAGAAAGUUCUCCAGAUAGCACUCUGACAUCACGCAAUAGACUAAAGGAGAGCUCUUCAAAUAAGGAAAAUAAAAAUCAAUCAGACUGUGUCAUUAAUGAACACUUUCUCGAAGAGCUAGUUAGCGAGGGAUUUGAGAAAUGUAAGGCAGAACAGGCCCUUGGAAUCACAUUAAAUAACUUACAUAUGGCUAGGGAGAUACUACGAACAUUCGUUCAGAGAUCAUGAUGCGUGAAAUAUUCACUUUUCAUGAACACAGUUAAAGGAUAUUAAAGCUGACCAGAGAAUUAUCUUCCAACAGAUACAAAUCAUUUAUGCCACCAGUUGGAGAUGACAUGAUUCUUAUUCAUUAGGCUAUUAUUUAGCCCUUUUUACAGGAUUAACUCAUUUGGUGACUAACAAAAUGCAGUGGUGCAUUCAACAUUGAGACUAUAGGAUUUGGCAUAUAAGGAUUGUAUACCUACUGGCAAAAACUGAUGACAUCUCCAUCCAUAUAAAAUCAGUUGCUAUAGUUCAAAAUUAACUAGCUCUGGGCUGUUAUUUAUGUUGCACCCGUAAGUAUCAUUGUUUGAGUCUUUCAAUCACCUGAUUUAAAACGAAAAUAUUUGAAGAAAUCUCCUCAAAGGAGAAUGGCUUCAAAUAUUUAGAAAAGUGUUAAAUAAUAAUCAAAGCAAAGGGAGACCUGGUCAGUGGUCAGGUUAAAAGCUGUAUAUAGUGUAUAUAUAACAAAAGCAUGUAGGAGUAUGUCCUCAUUACAUAUAUAUAUAUAAUUAUCUACCUUUCCUGUAUGUAACAUAAUGUGGUUCUCAGAACUAUGUACAAGAAACGUGCAGUAAAUUAACAUGGUGCCGAAUAUCGGAAAAUAGAACUGCCUCGAUCUGACGUUAAUUUAAUUUUGAGUCAAUUUAAGAAUUAGUUUAAAUUAAUUUCAGAAUUAAAUGAACAUUUAAUGAUAUCAAAAUGAUA